CGACGGGGUCGCAGGUUUUGAGAGCAUCUGACUUGAGUGACUUGCGCAGCACCUCCUCCUGAGACAUCGAGCAAUCAGAAGGGCAUCCGCCAUGCCAGACUGCGCAUACCUCUCGCCUUGACAAAGUCUCCAUCGGUCGAUCGAGUGGAGGUUUGGGCCGAAGAGGUGUCGGCGCGAAUGGAGAUGCGAGCGAUGGAAUGAGCCCAAGCCAGCACGAUGAAGAUCUUCAGUGCCAGUCCCCAGCGCUAGCGUACAACGAGCCAUGCUCGUAGGAUGCUGCGAGUGCGCCGCCGUCUGGCGACAGCCAAAUCUCAGCUGGCAGGCAGCGGCCGUCAUGCGACGAUGCUAUGCCGGCCCAUCUACGAGCACUAUAGACGCCGCAUUGUCGCUUCCUUUCGCCAGACGAGCACGGGUCAGAUCGCACGAUGCGCCCGAGCGAUGGAUUGUGCCAACACCGUCACAUGAGUCCAUUGCCUCGAGUCCUGGCACUGCUAGACCACGCCCUGGGCGGCGGCGGCCUCAGCCCAGCUCGCCCUUUAUCAUCGAGACGCCUGAUGAGCCCAGUCCGCCGGCAUGGACCGAGCGAAGCGGUCAUCUAGCCCGUCUUGUGUCGGCAGGUAGGGUUCAAGAGGCCUUUGAGCACUAUGAGCGCGAGCUAGAUCCAACGCUCAAGCGAGAACAUCCAGAGCUGCUGGAUGAAGCGGUCGCUCAACUAGCGAAGCUCAAAGACUGGCCUAAUGUCUUGCGCUUCGUUCAACUCGCAAAGAGUCAAUCUGGCAAAUUCACGACUGAGCUGCUCGGCUGGCGACUCAGGGCGGACUUUGCCAGGCAAGAUGUCGAUGGUCUAAAGCGGAUCUUAUCAGACUAUGCUGAGGAUGGUCUCGCGCCCUCGCUAGACGAAUGUCGCCGAUUGGCGCGUCACCUAUUGAGAGCAAAGCAAGCCAAGCUGGCAAUGGGCAUUGCGCCCUUUUUGCUCAAGAACGGCACACAACUCGACAGACAGUACUUUGCUGCUUUUCUCGCUCGAUGUGCUGAGAGUCGCAUGGGCUCGCGAGUACUCUGCCAGCAGCUCCUGAGGCAAAUUUCGUCUCAUGGGGUGCCUUUGGAUCGCGAUCUCCUCGAUGGUCUUCUAGCCACGGCUAGCGCCUCUGACGAUCUGGAGACCUGCAUCUCGCUCCUGCAAACGUUUGAUUGGGGCCACGCGCCCUUGCUGAGCACGUUCACAAACAGCUCCGAGCUGACGAGUCGAUCAGAUCUGUUCAGCUUUAGCGGCGGCAUCGAGUCAUCCGCGCCAACCGCUGCAACGUACAAGCAUCUGAUCAGCGCCCUGACCAAAGCCGAACAGUACGAAUCGGCACUACGCUGCUUUGGUGCAAUGAUGACAGCAGAGCACUUGCUCGAUGCCAAGCUCGCAAUCCUCCUCAUCCGCACAACCUCGCGCUUGACCGACGACACUGCGGCCAGACUUCUGAUGGACACUAUCACCUCUGGAAGUCGCAGUCUACCCAAGGAUCUCGUAUUGCCGCUCAUUGACACGCCCAGUGGCGAGGUCUUCGAAGCCGACGUUGCGACUUCACGAGCAUUCUGUCGGUUCAGACUCGACCACAAGCUCCGCGAGGAAGGCCUCAAAGGCGCCACCGACCUGAUGCACGAGUGGGCGUGCGAUGGUCUUGCAAUCGACAGAGAGCUCUUCCUUGUUGUCCUCCAACAUCUCGAUAUCUUGCCGGGGGUCUCUCAGCAUCGCAUCUGGCAAACAUUCUCCGAUCUGCUCGGCAAGCCGAAUUCACCGGACUUCCAGCAGCGGUUACGAAAUGCACUGAGCGGCGUGUUGCAUCGCCAUGGUAGAAAGAGCGCGCUCGGCGCAGCGGGUGCGGCCAGGGUCAUUGCGCAGCAAAUUGAGGAGCUGACCGGCACAUCUCUCACUGCCAUUGGUGGUUCAAGCAGCAAUGUAGCCGAUACGCAUUCGGUCUCGCACCUCAUCCUGAGCCUCGCUCGAGCCCAUGAGCGCGAUAGGAUCUCACGCCGACACGAAUCUGCGCCGAUCAAUACUGGCAUGCUCACUCGUCUGCUCAACGAGGGAGUCAUCAGUCGUGGGGCGACACCUUCGCCGUACCACCUCAGUGCCAUCAUGUCCUACUUCAUUGCGCUUGGCCAGCCCGACGAGGCUGUCAAAGUCUUUGAGACUGCGACUGCCGUUAGGAAGCUCGAUGAUCUGAAGACUUCCUUGGGUUCGCCUGGACAAAUACUCGGUGAGCUGCUCAGGACUUACCAUGGAGUGAGAGGCAUACGUCCCAAUGUGAUCUGCUAUACGAUCUUAAUCAAGGCUUACGCUCGUCGGAGCGAUACAACUCAAUCGUAUAACAUCUUUGAAAGGAUGGUGGACUCGGGCAUCGCGCCAGACGCCAUCGCUGUCCUGACGCUGGCAGCUGCAUGGGCCCGCACAGGCGAUAUCGCUCGUGUCGAGGCUUUGCUGGUGCCGUUCAAGGAUUUGUCAGAGACCUCAUCUCGUCAGCGAUACGCGCAACCCUCAACACAGCGCGAUGUCGAUUCAGACACUGUUGCAACGUCUGUUCGCUUCAAUGCGCUUGCGUCUGCUGGCAAACAUCUAGAAGCGCAACAGCUGCUCGAGACAUUCUUGCUCAAACACGAGGCGCAAUCGAACGAAGUGCUCUUUCGACAAUUCAAGGCUUCAGAUGCGAUUGCGCUAUCGCAAUGGAGGCGAAGCCGAGAGGCUGCCGAGCGAGAUUGGGGUAACGUGAGGCGCGAGCAGGAGCUCGUCUACUGGACGCAAACACUCGACAUUGCGGAUCAGAAUCGAAUCAUCCUUGUCCAGCGUCGCAAGGCAGCACGAAGAAAGGACGCGGAUCAAAUGCGUAGUCUAGAGAGCUUGAAAAAGUUAGUGUAAAUGUUGACAACAGAACAUUGCAAAUGUGAGCUAUG